GGUGAGCGCGCCAGGUGGUGAUGGGGGUUUGUGGUGCGUGAGGUGGGGACGGGGACUGUGGGUACGCCGAGUGGGGACAGAAGCCGUCAGUUGGUGCGUUAGGUGGGGACCAAGGCCGUCCGCUUGUGCACCGCACAGCCUCCUCUCAGCCGACGCCCACCUUCCGGGACCCCUCCUCACAGCAGCCCUCCCAGGCCUUCUCCCCCCAGACCGCGCUUCCAUCGGGGCCUGCGACAGCCUCUUGUCUUGACUGCCGCCGUCUCGAAAGUGUUGGUGAUUCAUCCCCACCCUCGACCCUGGGGCCUCCCGUGGCGUCUGUUCUCCGCCUGUUCCUGCGCCCCGUCCCCCGAUGGACACCUGUCUGGGAGAACUAUGCCUUUUUUGGGUCAGGACUGGAGAUCUCCUGGAUGGAGUUGGAUUAAAACAGAAGAUGGCUGGAAAAGAUGUGAAUCCUGUAGUCAGGAACUUGAAAGAGAGAAUGAUCAGUGUAACAUCAAUCACAAUGUUAUCUUAAAUAGUGAAGAUGAAGAAAUAUUCGAUAACGAACAGCAUGAAUAUACAUCCAAAAAAAGGAAAAAGGACCAUUUUAGAAAUGACACAAAUACUCAAAGUUUUUAUCGUGAAAAAUGGAUCUAUGUCCAUAAAGAAAGCACAAAAGAAAGGCAUGGCUAUUGUACCUUGGGGGAAGCCUUUAAUCGAUUAGACUUCUCAAGUGCAAUUCAGGAUAUCCGAAGGUUCAAUUAUGUGGUUAAACUAUUGCAGCUAAUUGCAAAAUCCCAAUUAACUUCAUUGAGUGGUGUCGCACAAAAGAAUUACUUCAACAUUUUGGAUAAAAUCGUUCAAAAGGUUCUUGAUGACCACCAAAAUCCUCGCCUUAUCAAAGAUCUUCUCCAAGACUUAAGCUCUACCCUCCGCAUUCUUAUUAGAGGUGUAGGGAAGUCUGUAUUGGUGGGAAACAUCAAUAUUUGGAUUUGCCGAUUGGAAACUAUUCUCACCUGGCAACAACAACUACAGAAUCUUCAGAUGACUAAGGUGAAUAGUGGCCUCACUCUCAGCGACCUUCCUUUGCACAUGCUGAACAACAUCUUGUACCGGUUCUCAGACGGAUGGGACAUCAUAACUUUAGGCCAAGUGACCCCCACGCUGUACAUGCUCAGUGAAGACAGACAGUUGUGGAAGAAACUGUGCCAGUACCAUUUUGCCGAAAAGCAGUUUUGUAGACAUUUGAUCCUUUCAGAAAAAGGUCAUAUCGAAUGGAAGUUGAUGUAUUUUGCACUUCAGAAAUAUUACCCAACUAAAGAACAGUAUGGAGACACUUUACAUUUUUGUCGGCACUGCAGCAUUCUCUUUUGGAAGGACUACCAUCUUGCUUUAUUAUUCAAGGACUCGGGACACCCAUGUACUGCGGCCGACCCCGACAGCUGCUUCAUGCCCGUGUCUCCACAGCACUUCAUUGAUCUCUUCAAAUUUUAAAGGCAGCCCUCACCCCUGCUGUCCCUGUCAAAGGUUGUGCAUUGUGAUUUUUGUGCGAUAGCUGGUAGUAAAUGUUCUUUGUGAUCAAAAGCAAUGACUAGGUGGGUGACUAGUGGCGUCCUGUGAGGCCUGUGCUUCCAGAGAGAACAUGAAGCUAAGGGGUAGGAAUGCAUUGUUGCAUAAUUUCAUCUUUGAAGGGGGUCAAGGAACCCAAGCAAAAUCAUUUUUAUUUCUUUAAAAACUUUUCUUUCUUUCUAAGCAUAUUAAAAUUUGAAAUUUUGCAUAUUUAUAU